AUGAACAAAUCUUUGGCUUUGCUCGUGCUGCUGACCAUGGUUGUCUACGGCUGCGGACUGACGACCGUCGCCAGUGCGGUCACUGAGCUGUGUAACGAGCUGCUGCGCAACCCGUCGACCGGUGAGAACGACUUGUUGACCAACGCCUGCCAAGCGUCCACCCUUGCCGACAUUUUGGAUUCAAUUUCGACUAACCUGCACGAAGUGGUUGCCACGUAUUUGAUAAGGAAAGGUAUAAGACAAUGGCAUUUAGUUCUUUACCUCAGACUUCCCUAG